CAUUAUGCUAAUUCCCCCGAUCUGACUGGUCGCUAGCCUCCUCUGACGUCACGGGCGCGUAGACUAUAACAGUACAGAGGGCUCUGGCGUCCUGCUACAGUCUGAAUACUCAGGAGUGAGUGCGAGUGCGAGCUAAACUCUCUGCGGUGCAGAGCUGGAAAAACACAGCACCCAUCCACCUCAACGCUGCUUCGCUGGCUUAAGGACAUAUUUUGGAGUAUCCGGGAUCGGGACGGGAGCCCUUGUCCGGUACUCAUUUUUGCUUUUUAUUUAUGUUUUGAGUUCAAGUCCGGCGACGGGACUUGACUUUCUCCGGUCCUGUCCAAAGACUGCAGCUGUCGAGCUCUGUGCGUCCAUAUGAGGCAAAUGUCUUUCGCAGUGCAUUAGUCCAGAAAGUUUUUUUUUUCUUUGCUUUCUCCUGUUUGAACAUUUGCGAGUGACUCUGCAUGCUCCAGCGCCGGAGCGCGUCGCGUUCGGAGACCCAUCCAGAAAAUUGCAUGCGCCAAGAGGUGGAAGAGAAGCAAAAUUCGUGUUUUGCGACGCUGGUAAACACUUUGCUGAAGAACAGGGACACAAUGAGCGCCGAUCUCGCCAUGGGGCCCGAGCUGCCCACCAGUCCGCUGGCGUUGGAAUAUGUCAAUGACUUUGAUUUGAUGAAAUUUGAGGUGAAGAAAGAGGCCAUGGCGGGGCACGACCGCUCCAACAUACGGCAGUGCAAUCGCCUCCAGCCGCAGGGCUCCGUGUCCUCCACUCCGAUCAGCACCCCGUGCAGCUCCGUGCCGUCCUCGCCGAGCUUCAGCCCCACGGAACAGAAGAACCAUCUGGAGGAGCUGUACUGGCUGCCGGGCGGCGGGUACCCGCAGCAGAUCGACCCGCAGACGUUAAGCCUGACGCCCGAAGACGCGGUGGAGGCUCUGAUCGGUGCCACGGCCCACGGGCACCCUCCGCCCCCUCAUGUGCAGCAGCAGUUGCAAGCAGGAGGCUUUGAGGGAUACAGGGGCGCGCAUCACCACCACGGCCACGCGCAGCAGCAGCAGCAACAGCAGCAGCAGCACCAUCACCACCACCAAUACGGCGCGAUCCCCCAUCACCCCGACGACCUGCCAGGUCACCCCGGCGCCCACGGCCACCACCACCAUCACCACCACCACCACAGUCAGGACCCCGACAGCCCGUCUCCUACCUCGCCCGGGUCCCACCAGCAGCUCCACCACCGUCACCACCACCAUCACCACCCGCACGGCCACCCCGGCCAGCAGGGUCACCACGGCGUGGGGGCCGGCCUAAACGUGGAGGACCGCUUCUCCGACGAGCAGCUGGUGUCCAUGUCCGUACGGGAGCUCAACCGACACCUGCGGGGCUUCACCAAGGACGAGGUGAUCCGCCUGAAGCAGAAACGCCGGACCCUGAAGAACCGGGGCUACGCGCAGUCGUGCCGCUUCAAGCGAGUGCAACAGAAGCACGUGCUGGAGAACGAGAAAACCCAGCUCAUCAACCAGGUAGAGCAGCUCAAGCAAGAGAUCAACCGGCUGGCCCGAGAGAGAGACGCCUACAAACUCAAAUGCGAGAAACUGACCGGAGCGAACGGGUUCCGCGAGGCAGGAUCCACGAGCGACAACCCGUCCUCUCCAGAGUUCUUCAUGUGAGUGCGUGUGUGUGUUUCCUAUGCCUGAGAGACAUUGCGCUCAUUCAGAUAACAGCAGAUACAGUACUCGUAUUAGAAGAAUAAUCCACAAGAAAUAAUAAUCUCAUAUGUAAUCAUCGCCACCGACCUUGGCAACUAAAAUACGAAGAACAUGUUAGAAUGUUUUCUGGGAAAUGUAGAUUAGUUGCUUGUAGUACUUUUACCCCUUUCGUAGAGAUCUCACAACAAAAAGAAAAGCGAAGAACUGGCUUUUGUAUUUAGGAUAACUUCAGAUAGAACCUUCUUUCCAUCAUCUGGUUUGUUCUCGGUUGUUCAGGAAAAAGAAAAGAAAAAAAUCUUUGUGCAAAGCGGGGAGAGAAACUUUGGACUUUUUUUCCCUCUUGGCCAGAAAAGUUGAGAGCACCACAAUAUGCAAAACCUCCCUUACUUCUCCUGUAUAACCCGCCUGAGUGAGGCGACAGGGGGAACUUUAUGCAACAUCUCAUUGGUUUAUUGCCUGCUUGGUUAUAUAUAGAUAUAUAUUAAAAAGAAAAGGAAAAAAACGACAAAAACAAACACAUAAAUCUGCAUUAAGAUAUUAAUCCUGCAUGCUGGACAUGUAUGGUAAUAAUUUCUAUUUUAUACACUCUCUCUUUCUUUCUUUCUUUCUUUCUCUUUCUUUCUUUCUUUCUUUCUGUUCAUUAUGUAUCAUAAAGAGCAUGUUUUUGAUCUUUAGCUCUUUUUUGGGGAUAUGAGACUGGCUCUCCGGUCGCUCAUUGUAUGGGUUCAUUUGGACUUGUAAAUAUAUGCAACAGCAAACCUACAAACCGACGUCGAAGAGCUGAUUGUUUUCCAACUUUUUUGAUUUGUUUUCAUGUUUGGGGAAUGGAUUUCCAGUGACGGGCAUUUUGCAGUUGCAUUUAAAGCAAGCAAACUUUGUAAAAGAAGCGCACUUUUGGGGUAAUGAUUUUUGGUAUUGGCAGUUUUCAUUUCGACUUUUUGAUUGUUUCUUUGUUUUAGCAGAAACCGCCUUUAAGGAAGACAUACCGCACACGCACAUUUAGUCAUAAGUGAAUUUAAAGCACGCCUUUCUUUUGAACUGGUGCUCAUAGUCUCACGUCUAGUUGUAGCAAGACACAAGAGAGUGUGUGUGUGUGUGUGUCUGUUUUUUUUUUUUCCUCUCUCCUUUUUUCAUGCAGGCUGUUGCAUAAUCUAUUGCUAUUCUAUAAUAUAAGAGCAAUACUUGUAGGUCGUAUCUUUUUUGAUGGGUAGGAUUUCAACGAAUGGGCACACUUUCAUCGACAUUUUUUUGAGCUAUAUGAGCUGCCAGUUUUAUAAACCAACAUUUCAAAAUGUAGUUAUUAUAAUCCAGCUCGAGGGUGUAGGCUUCCUAAAUCAGGGGUUUGUGUAUUAUUGCCUAACAUGAAAACUACGCAUGUAUUUCAAUGGAGAGUUUCAAUGAUCAAUGUUAAAUGUUUUCCUUUAUUUUUUUUUCUGCCGGUCAGUAAAAAAUAAGGGAUUCAGGUUCUGCAUAAUCUCAAAAUGAAAAUUAUAUGUCUCAUGUUAUUGUUCUGUUUUUUGUUUGUUUUAUUAUUAUGUCGAGAUUCUGGUUCUGCUGGCCAGAUGCAUAGUUUUUAUUUUAAUGAUUAAAUUAACAAACUGUCAGAUCAUAUUGAAUAAGCAUGGUGCUUGCAUCUAAGAAAUAUUGUUAAAAAGUCAUGCAUUUAACAAUCUUUUUGGUUUAUUAAUGAUUCAACUGUGUUGAAAUCAAAUGUAAACUGCAGCAGCGGGUUGUUGUUUUGUUUGUUAAUUUCAUGUAUUAUGAGGGGAUCAAUUUUCAAAUCUGUUUAUAUAAAUGGAAAAAAAUGAAUAGAGUUCAAUUCGGACUGUUCCAUUCAGGCUGGUUUCUGUUUCGUUUUUGCUGUUUUUGGAAGAAAUGGUUUCCUAUUUUGCUUAUUAAAGUCAGUGAAAUGGCA